UUCAAACAAUAAAAUAUAAAUUUUAGUCCAUUCAGAUUACAAUAAGUUUUUUUUUCAUAAUAGAAUAUUUCUAAUAACUUUUCUCAUUGGAAAUUUAAAAUAAAGAAAAAUUUUCUAAUGUUGAAAGAUGGCAAUCUUGGAUAGAAAGAACCUUUGAAUUCAGUAACAACAAUAACAAAGAAGUAUUUUAUUAUCUGCUCAAUGUUUAAUCGCACAAUAGUCAAUUAUACCGCACUACCGAACAAUGACCGGAAAUUGAACUGAAAUUCUGCGAUUUACCAUAGUUUUUUCAUAUAAAAUUUAAAGCAAGUGUUACUCUCAACAUGAAAUUAUUUUCCUUAAUUAAAUUUUUGCUUAUCAAUCUCACGUUGAAAGAAUGUUAUUCUUAUAGACCUGUGUUUUUAAUGCAUGGUAUUGUAACUGGCAGCAUAAGUAUGGAUCUCAUAAAGUUACGCAUACAAAAGUUACACCCAGGAACUAUAGUUUACAAUACUAAUAAAUUCAGUGGCUGGUCAAGUGUGGAAAGUAUGUGGUAUCAAGUACAGCAACUGCUUUUAGACAUAAAGAAUAUCACUAAACGUCAUCCUGAAGGAAUACAUCUAUUAGGAUAUUCUCAAGGAGCUCUCUUGGCACGUUCAAUAUUACAAGCAUUUCCAGAGCAUAAUGUUAGAAAUUUCAUUUCGCUAAGUGGGCCACAAGCUGGGCAAUAUGGAACGAAAUUCUUGCAUUUAAUAUUUCCUGGCUUAGCUCUUAAAGAAGCAUAUGAAUUAUUUUAUUCCAGAGUUGGUCAGCACACAUCUGUGGGGAAUUAUUGGAAUGACCCCUUUCAUAAAGAAUUGUAUUAUAAUUACUCUCAAUACCUGCCUUAUAUCAACAAUGAGUUGAAAUCAACAAGAAGUGCUCAGUUCAGAAAUGCAUUGACAAAAUUGAACAAAAUGGUAUUGAUCGGAGGUCCCGAUGACAAUGUUAUAACUCCCUGGGAGUCUAGUCAAUUUGGUUUUUACAAUGAAAACUUGACUGUGGUCAAUCUGAUAAGCCAACCGAUAUAUACUGAGGAUCGAAUAGGAUUAAAAACUUUACACGAAAGUGGACGUUUAGAUCUCAUCACAGUUCCUGGUGUGAACCAUUUUAUGUGGCACCUAAACGUAUCUAUUGUAAAUAAUUACAUCAUCAAUUAUCUUGAUUGAAAACCGAUAUUAUAAAAGUGUUACGAAAGAUAGUACAAAUGAAAUUGACAAAUAUAUUUUAGUAGAAGUA